ACCACAUUAAUUCAUUCAAUUCAAUCUCUUUAAUUUGCUGCACUACACCAUGCACUACCUUUUCUUUUCAUUCAUUCGUCUACAUGCUUUUUGCAGUGACUCCCCUUUCAGUAAAAACCUCUUCCUAAUUACAUAAAUAACUUUCCCUUUUCUUUCUUUUGGCCCCUCUCUAUAAACUCUACCCUCCUUUUCAACCAUCAAACACCUUCUUCAUCAUUCAUUCAACAAUUUUAAAAAAAUAAAAAACUUUUAACCUAUUUUUAAUUUUCUACACCAUCACAAUCAUUCUCUCUUCCCUUCUUCCCCACUUAGCUACUAUAUAUAUGUGUGAGUUAAUUUAAAUUAUUAAUAACUAGUGUCUCUCUCGUUCUCUUUUCUUUUUGCGUUUGAGAUCGAGUAUCUCUUAUAUUCGUUUUAAUAAAUAUUAUUUUAUCUGUUGUUUGAUCAUAUAAAAACAAUUUUUUUUAUUCUCUCGGGUUUUUAUCUGUUGUUUGAGUUCGAGUAUCUCUUAUACUCGUUUCAUUGAAUCUGAUUAAUUUUUUAUUAUCAAAUCUUGAAAACCCUUUUAAUAUUGUUUCUUUUUCUUCCUCUUCUCUUUUAGCUAAUUAAAGUAUCAAAUCAAUAAAGACACACAUCACCAUCUAGCUAGCUAGAUCCAUCAAAAUUAGAAUCUAGCAUUUUUCAUAUAAUUUUCAUAUAUAUAAUUGUUUAUGUUCAUGGAAAAUAACCAAAAUAAUUCUAGUAGUGCAUUCACAAGCACUUGGAGUCUUGAGAAAAUGGAAACAAAUGAACAAAACCAUAUUAUUCUCCAACAAGAUCAUCAUCAUCAUCAUCAUCAAAUUCCUAUGAGUAAUUCUUCUGGAAUUUGGCCACCAAAUAGCUACAACAACAUGAUGAUGGCAGCACCACCACCACAACCACCACCAUCUUCAUCAGGUUCACUCAGUGACAUACUAGGGAUCCACCAAAUCGAAGAGGUUGAAGAGCAAGAAGAAGAGUUAGGAGCUAUGAAGGAAAUGAUGUACAAGAUUGCUGCUAUGCAACCGGUGGAAAUCGAUCCGGCCACAAUCCGUAAACCUAAGCGAAGAAACGUCCGAAUCAGCGACGAUCCACAAAGCGUUGCAGCUAGACAUAGAAGAGAAAGAAUCAGCGAGAAGAUUCGUAUCCUUCAGAGACUUGUUCCUGGUGGAACUAAAAUGGAUACUGCUUCUAUGCUUGAUGAAGCCAUUCGUUAUGUUAAGUUCUUGAAGAAGCAAAUUAGGUUGCUUCAAUCUACUCCUCAAAAUCAACAAUAUCAGUUACCACUUUCAUCACAAUGCAUCAAUUCUACUCCUCCUCCUAAUGCUUUGUUGUUAUCUCCUUCUUGUGACAUCGUCUGGCCUUUUGCACCAAAUUUACUACUCACUUCCACAACGGCUUCCUCGAUCGACUUGUCAGCCGGAGUUCAAUUUAGCGCCGGAGAACAUUCACAUUCACUUCCACAUUCUCAUUCUCAUUCACAUGUCCAUGUUUGUGAUGGCUCAUCAAGCUUUAACCAUCAUGAGGUAAUUAGUGAGUAAUUAAUUAGUUAGGUCAAAUUAUAUUAUACUUAUAUUUUUAUGUGUUUGUAUGAAGCUUUCAUUAGCAAAGUCUAGAGAUGAUUGAUGUACUUGUACGCAAUCUUAUCAUCGAAAACGAUGAAAUUGUUUUCAGGAUUUGAACAUUUGAUCUCUGCAAGUCACAUAGCAACAACCUUAUCAUCAUGCUUAGACUCGCAGAGAUCAGAUUUAUGUAUGUAUAUGAAAUAUUAAUUAGAGAAGUUGUUUAAUAUUUGAUUAAUAUUAGUAUAAUAGAUAUGUAUAACAAAAUUAA